AUGGUGCAUCUAACGGAAAUAAUAUGUAUCAAGAGAGAGGGCGGCCGCGAGGAGGAGCCGACCAACAACGCGGCAGAAGUGGUACCGGCGGGCAUGCGCACAGAACACACCUGCUGUUGCCUCGGCUUGUUGGUGGGCAUCUCGCUCAUCGCCGCCCUCGUUGCAGUUAUUCUUAUGAAAGACAGCACGGUCGAUGUGACAGUUCUAAGGCAAGUGCACGUGUUGAUGUCGCAUGGAGAACGCACUCCUAGCGAGCAAGAACUUGCUAUGUUGGGGACUUCUCCACCUGAUCACGUAUUUGCGCCCUACGGAGCAGGCGCUAUGACCAAUGAGGGGAAGAUGUUGACAUUUGAAAUGGGCGCAUUACUUAGGAAGAGAUAUGACGAGUUUUUGGGACCUUACUAUCAAAGUGAGGACAGUAUUGUGAUAUCGUCAGAUACAGACUUAAGCAAGAUGACAGCUCUAUUAAUUGCGGCAGGAUUAUGGCCGCCCACACCGAUACAAAUGUGGAAUGAUACACUUGAAUGGCAACCAGUGCCUUAUACAUACCCGCAGAGACAUAUAGAUUACUUACUCUAUGAAGAGAACUGCCCUCAAUACACAUAUGAGAAGCAAAGGAUACUAAAUGCUUUCAUUGAAGAAGGAUUAUUGCUGCCGUAUCGAGAUCUGUUUCACAAGAUUGCACAGAUGACCAGUACAAACUUCAGUACGCCGCAAGAAGCUUAUUAUCUCAACAAUCUAUUUUUAAUACAGGAUGAUAUUAAAGUUGCGAAUCCAAAAUGGGCGAAACAUGUAAAGAGAAAACUUAUGGAUGUGGCCAGAUUGGAGUACUCGAUGAUGUUCCAUAACAACUUACUGAGGAAACUUAGUGGUGGUGCGCUAUUACAGCAGAUUAUUAAGGAAGCUUUGAGCAAUGGUGUAGGAGAGUCUCAAUUGCGGCUAGUGGUCCGAACUGGCACACCUGUCUCCGUAGCCGCAUUGUUAGCCGCUUGCGUAGCACCUCCACCUCGACUUCCAGACCCAGGAGCAGCAUUACUGAUCGAGUUACAUGAGAGAAUACCCUCACAAGAAAACAUUAAAGAAGAAAAGAUUCUUGCUGACGGCCAGCGAUUUGGAUUUAAGAUAUAUUACUGGGACGAUGACUCGGCUGAGCCACGGCUCAUGGAAGUACCAGGGUGUAACGCAUUUUGUCCCCUCGAGACAUUCCAAGAAUUAACCAAAUAUAUAGUUUCACACGACUAUACCAAAGACUGCGGGAUCGUUUGA